CGCGCCAUUGACCGACAGGUUGCUAUAAGAUAUGAUAUGGUUAGCUGAUACAUAAAAUACCUAUCCAUGCCUUGUAAGAUCUGGCAUGCGUCAGCCACGCCUGUGCAAAAUAACGCGCACGUUUUAUUCAAACGCCUCAAGGCUCGCGCUGAGCAUCAUAGCAAAGCACAGCCUAGCUUUCGGUACUGCUGAGUGCAAGUCUCCAGUGGACGCUAGGAGGAUAUUGAGAUAGAUCUUCCCUCUGUAGCCCACGUAAGAAGUUAGAUUUCCACCCGCCACGCAUAUAUCUACUUGUGGUCACUUCAUAGACAAGAGCUAUGCAAACAUGGCCCGUUUUCCAUAAAAUAACACCGAAACAGACGGAACCAUCUUCAUAAAAAAAAACAUAAUCCGAUGCUCAUGUUGGACCAGCUGUGACUAUUUUAGAGGCUUCGGUGUAGACUACUGUUAAAACGGUGCAAGCCUUGCAAUAUGUACUGGGAUGGAUGAGGAAGAGCAGAACCGCUAUGUGGUCCAGCUGAAGGAGGAGUUUCACAGCUGUGACACCACAGGCACUGGUUACCUGGACAAGGAAGAGUUGUCAGCCCUUUGCCACAAGCUAUCCUUGGAUGCUCACCUUCCCCUACUGUUGGACACCUUGCUAGGACCACACCACUAUGCUCGGGUGAAUUUUGAGGAGUUCAAAGAAGGCUUUGUAGCUGUGCUAUCACGCUCUCUGGACUUCAGCACCUCUGAAGAGGAGAGCAGCUACCUGGAGCCAGUUGUUCCUGAGGAAGUGAAGCCCAAGUUUGUGAAGGGAACGAAGCGCUACGGCCGGCGGUCCCAGCCGGACAGGCCCGACUCUGAGCUCACAGCUGACUCGGAGGGCUCUCGUCCUUUCAGGACGGAGCAGAAGGAGUCCUCUCCCGCUGGCGUGAGGAGGAUAAAACUCAGACGCUCUACUUCUCUAGAGAGUGUGGAGAGUCUCAAGUCAGAUGAGGACACCGGAAGCCAUAAGGAUGACGUCCAUCAGACUUUUGAGGCACAAGGGCAGCAGAAGCGAUGGAAGCGGGACAGUUCAGAGAGCACGCUCCACUCCCCUGGGCCGCGGGCCGAGGUGACAGACAGCCGGAUAAGGGCGGUGUGGGAGGAGCUGGGGGUAGGAGUAGGUGGCUUUCUGAACAGGCAGGAGCUGUCCCUGGUCUGUGACCACCUUGGCCUGCAGGACCUGAAUCCAGAGGAGUUGGACACCCUCUUCAGAAAGUUGGACACUGACCUGGAUGGCAGGGUCAGCCUCGGGGAGUUCCAGAAGGGUCUCUUCAGAGAGGGGGGUGUCUCAGCUCCCACCUCCUCCUCCACCCCCAUACGCCCCAACCCCCAGCGCUCACUCCAGCAGGCCUUCGAGGAGCGGACGGUGCGCUCCACCUCUCCCUCUCUCCUGUCUGCCACCGUGGGUCAGAGGCUGCUGACCAGGCUGGACGAAGGGUCGGGCUGCACCAGUCCAGAGAGGGUCAUCGCCCUCUGGACCGGCGAGGGCAUACGGAACAGCAGGGACAUCCUACAGACUCUGGACUUUCCCCUGGAAGAGCGGGUCAGUCUGGCAGAGCUCACCCUGGCCCUGGACAAUGAGCUGCUGGUCAGCGGCAACGGCAUCCACCAGGCCGCCCUCGUCUCCUACAAGAACGAGAUCCAGUUCCUCCAGGUCCUAGCAGACCAGGCAUGUCGGGAGAGGGACAAGGUAAAGGCCAACCUGGAGUGGGCCGACAGGAGGAACCUCCAGCUGGUCAGCGAGGUGGAUGACAGACACGCCGCCAUUGAGUCACUGAAUGAAACCAAAAUCAAGGGUCUGGAGCAGGAGUUCCGGGAUAGGCUUACGGCCCUGCGUUGUGAAUCUGUGCAGGAGAGCGAGGUCCUGCUGCAGCAGGUGGAGCGUGAGCGGGCCAAGCUCAAAGAGGAAGUGGAGGUCCUACGGGCACAUGAUGCCAGUCUGCACGAGGAAGUCUGCAAUGCCACCCAGGAGAAUGGCCGUUUGGAGGAGGAGGGCAGUGUUCUGAAGGGGAAGCUGUCAGAGACCGAGAGAACCAUCUCUAAGCUGCAGAGAGACCUGGACCAGCUCCUACUAGACAAGUUUGGGAGCCUGGAUCCAAACAACACAGAACUGCUUAACCAGGACGAGCGCUUCUCUGAGAUCAUCAAGGAGUACGAGCUGCAGUGCCGGGCGCUGCGGGACCGGAAUGACGAGUUGAACUCGGAGGUGGAUUUUUUAAAGAGUCAGGGGAUGGGGAGGAGAUCCAGACAGGAAAGGGACACAUCCACACACGCCUGGUCCAGCCGACGAUCACUGACUACUGAGUCAGACUCUGAUGACCCUGAGAUGAAGAGAGGCAUUUCUCCCAUGGCGAGGAAAAAGCAUCAAGUGGCUGAUAAGAAUGGCCUGGGUUCUCUGGAGAGUCUGCCAGGUCUUGUUGUGAGCAUUGAGACUGAGAUGGCCAUGGGACAGCUUAAGGAGAGGCACAGCCAAGAGGUGCAGGACCUGAAGAUUGAGUUAGAGACCAAGGUGAACUUCUACGAGCGCAGCCUGGAGCUGAUGCGGCAGAACAUGGAGGUGGAGAGGAAGGACAUCUCUCAGGGUUUCAAGGUGGAGAUCAGUGAUCUGGAGGAGCAGAAGGCCCAGGUGGAGGAGCAGGUUAAGAGGCUCAGGGAGGAAGUGGAGAAGCUGCAGGCCCAGCUACAGCGCAGUUCCGGGGGCCUGGGAGGGCUAGGCUGGGGCACUGACCAGGAGAGAAGGGCCCAGCGCGAACAGGCAGAGCUGGAGCAGAACUAUGCCCGGGAGAUCAGUAACCUGGUCCAGAGGCUGACCUCAGAGAAAGACCAGCUGGAGGCUGAGCUGAAGCUCAGAAUGGACCAGGAAGUGCUGCUCGUAAGGCAAGAGGCAGAGCAGCAGGUGUCUCAGAUGAAGACACAGCAAGACCAGGCCCAGCACAGCCUCAUGCACCAGCUACGCUGUGAGCGCCUGCGGCUGCAGGAACCAGAGCAGGAGAGGCACAGGGAGAGGCUCCACAGCACAGAGAGGGCGAGUGAGGAGCAGGCCAGGAUCUGCAGCCGGGCCGCUGUGGAAAGGAAGAGGCUGGAGGAGGAGCACCAGGAGGAAGUUCAGCAGCUGAAGGAGCACAUAGCCAGUCUGCAAAAGCAGGCUGAUCUGGCCUCCGAGUCUCACACAGAGCACAGUCAGUCAGAGGCUGAACUGGAAGAGACUUGCGGUCAGUGCAGUCAACUGCAGGUGGUUUGUGCCCAGCUAGAGGAAAGCACUGUGUCUCUGGCGUUUCAUGAGGCUUUGACCGAGCGCCUGACCUCUGAACAGCAAGCUGUAGAGGAGCUGGGGUUGGUGAGGGAUAGAGAGGUAGUGCUUUUCAGUGAGGUGUCUCAGCUAAGCGAGAAGCUGCGUAUUCUACGGUCUGAAUCUGAGACACUUCUUCAGGACAAAGAAAUGGUGGCAGAGAAUUGCAGCCGUCUGUCCUGUGCUUUCAUGCAACAGCAAGUUCAACUGAUGGCCAAAGAGGAAGACACGGAGACCCUGAGGGGAGGGUUGGAGACGGCACGGGAGGCCUUAGUAAACGAAGUUGAGCGAUGCUCAAGGCAGACUGCUGAGUUGGUCUCCCUGAAGACGGACAGAGCAAAGCUGAUGGAGGAGCUGAGAAAACACACGACUACCAUUGACCGUCCGCAAUCAGAUCUUGACUGUGUCACUGAGGAGUUAGACCAAUGGAAGAGGGCAGAGGAGAAUCUACAGGAAGCCUUGAGGCAGGAACGAACCAAGGUCACACAGAUCCAAUCCACCCUGGACCUGGAGAGGGAAGAGACAGGCAGUCUGAGCCAGGAGAACGCCCACUACAUCCGCCUGGCAGACCAACUCUCCAACCAGAUUGUAGAAAUGGAAACUGAAUCAUCCAAACUCCGAGACCACAUCCAAGAGCUGAAAGCCCAACUGAGUGAAACGUUCAACCUGGUUUCUAAUCUAAGGACCCAGCUAGAGGCCAAAUCCACAGAGGUACACCACCUUGUGUCAGAUAUGAAGCAGAUUGCAGGUCUGUUAGAGAUGGCGGAAGCCCUGUCUAAUAAGCACUAUAGGGAAGAGGAGCUGUGGAACUCCCAGCUGGAGACCAAGGAGAGUGAGCUGCGCUCCCUCAGAGGAAAAGCUGGCAGAACUGUCCAGCUCCAGCAGGCUCUGCUGUCCUCUCGGGCAGAGGUCCACGGGUUGGAGGAGGCCUUUGAGAAGGAGAAGGGCAGGAUGAAGGAGCAGCUGGUGGAGAUGGAGAAGCUGGUCAUGGCUCUGGAGAUGGUGAUGGACCCUGCCAGUCCACACAGAUCUCAGCUAGACAAAGUCAACUGUGAGAACAGUGCACUGAAGGACAGAUUGGCCAUGUUACAGCAGGAUGUCCAGAGACUUGAGGUGGAGAUUAUCCAGAAGAAAAAGAAACUGGACAAAGUGGAGCAGGAACAUGAGAAGAACAGGGAGGAGCAGGAGAGGCAUUGUAAAGAGAACGCCAAAUACCGUGAGGAGGUCCUGGUCAUGAGCGCCCGGAACCUGCAGCUGAGCGACCAAAACGCUGAGUUGAGCUCCCGUCUCCGUGGCGACCAGGGGGCAGUCCAGAUGCUGACAGAGCGGCUGGCGCAGGUGUCCCGGGAGCAGGAGGAGGGGGCGGCCGCAGCCAGGCAGCUCCAGGAGACCUCCACCCAGCAGGAGAGGGAGAGGCUCCACCUGCAGGCAGCCUGGCAGCAUGACAAGGAGCUGCUGGAGCGAGAGCUCAACACCACCAAGGAAAAGCUCCAACGUUUGUCAGAGGUGGAGUCCUCGCUGACCAGCUUAACCCUGAAACACCAGUGGCUGGAGCAGGAUAAGGAGAGGCUGCUGAGGGAGGCAGAGGAGAGGACCCAUAAAGUUGAGAUGCUCCAGGAUUCUCUUCGCUCCGUGGACUCCCAGACAGAGCUGCUUCGUUCCAAACUUCAGGCUGUGGGUCAGGAGAAGACUGAUCAGGCCCAGGAAGUUGCCAACCACCAGAGGAUGUUGCAGGAGGCCCAGGACAAGGUAAAAGAGCUAGAGGCCAGCAUGGGCAGGCUGAGUAGGGAGAAGGAGCAGCUGCGUCUGGCCCAGAAACAUCAUGAGGAGGAGGCCACCAUGGCCCUACAGGAGGAGUGCCAGAGCCUGCGCCUUCAAAACCAGGAGCUGCUCCACAAGGUGUGUCAGCUGCAGGGCCAAGACUUCGAGGUACAGAGUCUGACCCAGGAGUGCCUGACUAUGAAGAGCAAACAGGCACAACUGGAGGCUGCUUGGGCGGAGGCACAGGACCAGGCACUGCGGACAGAGACAGCCUUGACCCUGGCCCAGGCCCAGCAUGCCCAGCAGCUGCAGCAGUUCAGGGAGCAGGCAGGACUGGGGUCUAGGGAGCAGCUGGCACACCUCCAGGCCCAGCUGGCAGAGGAGCGGCGCAGGGGGCAGCAGCUGGAGGAGACGCUCCGCACACAGGCCCAGCAAGCCAGUGCCCAGAUGGGCCUGCAGCAGGAGCAAUAUGAAAAGGUGAUGGGGGACAUGCAGGAGAGGAUGGAGGAGGUGGAGACCAAGCUGAGGAGUGUGCGCAUGAUGCUGCAGGAGAAGGUCAACCAGCUGAAGGAGCAGCUUGCGAAGAAUGCCAAGUCGGACAUCAUGCUGAAGGACCUGUAUGUGGAGAACUCCCAGCUGAUGAAGGCACUGCAGGUCACUGAGCAGCGGCAGAAGAGUGCUGAGAAAAAGAACUUCAUCUUAGAGGAGAAGAUUACAGCCCUCAACAAGCUCCUUCGUAAGAUCGCCCCUGCCUCCCUCUCGGCGUAGGAGUUCCCUACUACUCAGAACAAUGCUACUCCCCAAAAUACAUUGACAUUUGUGAAACAGUUUCCUUCCCUUAACCUUAGAAUAGGGAUGACCGUCCCAAUGACAUGUUUAUGCUUAAUGUGGCAAGUGGUCCACAAUAUGAUUUUGUACAAUCUAUAACAAAAUCACUGUGUUACACUUUCCUCUUGGGAUGGCGGGUUUGACUGCACACAAUUGGCACAGUUUGUGGGUAAGUGGAACAGAACGUUAAGUGUUUUCAGCUACCGGGGUAAUAUGCAUGACUUUUGUGUAUAUAAAAUAUAUUUUUUUAUUUUAAUUAUAUUGAGGUUAACGCGAGACCCGUUUUUUUUUUUUGUUGUGAUGGUCGAUCAGAAGUUUCUAUGAAGUAUUCUCUGUAGAGGCAGGUAGUCUGUUAGUCUGUUCGUUACCUUCUAAUAACCUAUCCUCCAGCAUCAUGCUGUAUUGGUAGGUCUGAGAGUCAAUUAGAUGUUUAAUGUAUAAAUAACAUUCCAGUUUGAUCACCAAACACACUCCAUUAUUAAGGUACUUAACUUUACGUUUUGAAACCUCUCUUAAUCACACAAUGAAUCAAAGAAAUGGUUUAGCUACUUGUUUAAUAAAGUUAUUUAUGGUAUUUUAAAGUAUCAACCAAAAGCGCAGUACAGUAUUUACAAAUGUAAAGUUUUGAUACACAUGCCCUUUUUUAUCAAAUCAGCACAAUUUUCAACCCUGAUGCACUGCUGUACAGAACCUUUUGAGUACUAAAAAAGGUUGUUGGGACAAUGUAUUGUCAGUCGAGCAAUGUAUUUAGGUCAUUAUUGAAAAAACACUAACAUGCAAGCUGUGGAUUUGUCAUGUACUACACAAUCAAUGUAAAACAAAACUGACCAAGUAAUACAUGUCCUCGAGCUAAGCAUGAAUUCAUUCUUGUUUUUAAAGCACUUUUUCAAAACAGCAUGACCUGAAGCAUUGUAUCACUCCAGUGGAUAAUCUUCUCUGCCGAAACAAAGGUAUGGUAUUUGAUCCAAGACCCCCUGGCGUAUCAACUGCUCACACUUCCAUUUUGGCAAAGUGCUGUUGAGUUUGAGUGUUAAUCAUGUUUAUUGCCUUACAAAACACGUAUACACAGAGAAAAAUAUAAACGCAACAUGGAAAGUGUUGGUUUCAUGCGCUGAAAAAGCUUCACGCACAAAAUGUGUUUUUCUCCAAUUUUGUGCACAAGUUUGUUUACAUUCCUGUUAGUGAGCAUUUCUCCUUUGCCAAGAUAAUGCAUCCACCUGACGGGUGGCAUGUCAAGAAGCUGAUUAAACAGCGUGAUCAUUACGUCUGAGACCAGCCACCUGGACAGCUGAUGAAAUUGGGUUUGCAUAACUGAAGAAUUUCUACACUGUCCGAAACCAUCUCAGGGAAGCUCAUCAUCGUGCAUGUUGUCCUCGUCAGGGUCUUGACCCAACUGCAGUUCGGCGUUGUAACCGACUUCAGUGGACAAAUACCUUCAAUGGCCACUGGUAUGGUGGAGAAGUGUGCUCUUCACAGAUGAAUCCCGAUUUCAACUGUACUGGGCAGAAGACCCAUGUCCUUGGGUUUGCUAAUGUCAAUGGUAUAAAGUACAUUUAAGUAUUUUUGGUGGGUGUCAGUACUUUACUAUUUCUAUUUUUGACAACUUUUACUUCACUACAUUCAUUAAAAAAUGAUGUACUUUUUACUGCAUACAAUUUCCCUUGCACCCAAAAGUUACAUUUUGAAUGCAGGACAGGAAAAGGGUCUAAAUCACACACUUAUCAAGAGAACAUCCCUCGUCAUCCCAAACACAUGCUUCGUUUGUAAAUGUCUUGAGUGUUGGAGCGUGCUCCUGGCUAUCCGUAAAUAAAAAAUUAAAUGGUGCCGUCUG